AUGAACUACAACGGUGCAAACGGCUUUGAAUUCGGGGCGGGCAAUACCAAUAUUGACCCAGCUGUGCUAAGGGAAUUACCGGAGGGAUGCAAGGUCGUAUCCAUCGAGAACCACGGCGUAAGCUUCUGGGCGAAGACGGGUCGCAUCGAUGUUUUGCUCAACGAUGGUACACCGCAGUCCUUUUUCAUCAAGGUCAUUUCGAAGGAACUGGGCAUGAGUAUGACAAAGGGGGAAUUCCAUUCCAUGAGCGCGAUGCAUAACGUUCUGCCAGAAUUUGUCCCAAGGCCUAUCGCUUGCGGCACGUACCAAACAAUACCAGACACCCACUUCUUCCUCUGCGAGUUUCGAGAAAUGACUGAGGAUAUGCCUGACCCUCACAAGUUUGCCGCUCUUCUGUCAAGACUGCACCAGAAAAGCGUAUCGCCUACUGGCAAGUUCGGGUUCCACAUCACCACCUACGCAGGAAAUCUACCCCAAUUCGUGGCAUGGGAAGAUAGCUGGGAGACAUUCUUCGCCAAGUCCAUGAGACAGGCGCUUGACCUAGAGAUUGAAAGGAAAGGGCCUAGCGAGGAACUCGAGAUUCUCUCACGGGCUCUGUUCGAAAAGGUCAUCCCGAGGCUUCUGAGGCCUCUCGAGAGUGGCGGACGAACAGUGAAACCUUCACUUGUUCAUGGAGACCUUUGGUACGCAAAUUCAGGGAUUGAUGUCGACAACGACCAGUCUCUUGUCUUCGAUGCGUGCUGCUUUUUUGCGCACAAUGAAUAUGAGUUUGGCCAGUGGCGACCAGCUUGCAAUAGGUUUGGGGAUGAGUAUGUUGCUGCCUACAACACAUUCGCCCAAAUUUCGCCGCCUGAAGAAGAUUUUGAAGGCCGCCUAGACCUCUAUAGGCUGAGGUUUGACACACAUGUAUCAGCCCUUUUUGUUAAUAACGAGACACUUCGCACACAGGUCCUCGACGUUAUGAGAGAUUUGGUCCAGAGAUAUGCUGAUGCCAACGGUACGAUAAUGGAGGAGGCAAUGGACAAUCUCUGGCGAAGCAUGCAAGCUCUGGCGGCAAACCCCACGAGCAAACCGCGAGUUCAUGUGCAAGUACCUGCGACUCCCGCAGCGAUCCGCCUAACCAAGCUGAUCGACGACGCCAUCGAGAGAAAGCUGAAAUCAGAGGAAUGUGACAAAGAGGUUGAUGAUCGCGAGAAACACGUGGGAACACGUGGGAAGGAGCACCAUCAAUGCCUCAAUGUUGAUGAGCCUAUUGCAGGGUUGGCUGUCCCAGACGAUGGGGAUGGCCAAGAAGAGGACGUGCAGGGCGAUGAUGGCGAGGCUGAUGAGCCAGAAGUGGAGGGUCAUUGA